AUGGAGGCAACUUCGCCAAUCUCACCCAGCUCAGGCGCCGUUCUCGGAAGUUCACGGCCCCGUGCAAGAACAGCCAGCAACCCGAAGCCCUUCCCGCCGUCACAACCAUCAGCGUCGCCGGACCGUCCCAUGCAGACGAGGGUGCGGAAGAUGUCCGAGGCCAAGAGGACACCAGCUAGAAGUCAGACUAGUAGUGCGGGCGACGAAGUCAAAAGGCCCGAUAGCCCGGACUUGGACACCAUCCUGGCCAACACCCCGCGCCCACGCCGCAGAACCUCAGUCGCGAUCUCCUCGUCCUCAGUCAGGUCGCCUACGAAUUCUGCGGCCAGUCCGUUCGGAUGGAGGGCCUCUGGGCCGGACCAGGAUGUCACGGAGCAGCCGGAGUCGGACGACGACUUGCGGGGGCUGGAGGGCGAUGACGGGAGCGAGUCCGACUCGAGCAUAGACCUCCACACACCUCUUCCUCAUCUCAUGUUCCGCGAUGGCCUCCUGUCCCCUCGCUCCAAGCUGCUUCCGCAAGUACCUGGAUCUCCGUUCCCAUAUUCAAUUGAGGAGGACGAGGAGAGUAGUGCACUGGAUAGAUCGAAGAGUGUUCUGAGUGUCGUGUCAACUGCGGGGUCGGUCAUGACCAAAUCCGGGCUGCUCUUCAAGGAUCCUCGGGACACAGUGAGGCGCAGGCGUCGGCACCGCGAUGGACAGCUGUUGCGUGCAGGCAUGGGUCUUACUACGGGUCUUGGUUGGAGCGAUAGCGAAGACGAAGAUGCGCCAUCGACGCUGACCCGCCGCCUGAUCCACACUUCAAUCGCGCGCCGACCAUGCUCGUCGCUCUCUCGCCCAUCUUCUGAAUUUACCCAGGAUGCAACAUCUCCUGCUCCUGUACGUCCUCCUCGGCGCAAGUCAGGGCCGGCUCGGUCAGCUUCUGUCUCGGUCACAUCCUUGUCAUCUCUCGGACGCUCUAGCACUGCGGAGAGCAACUCAUCUACCGAGUCCCCCCCAGCGUCGCGUGCACGCGCCCAGACAAUUUCUGUCAGCGUGCCGUCUACUAGUACUACGAGUUCGGUGUCAAUGCCCUCUACGCCGAGCACAGUCAGCGCGGCUGUUCCUCGCCCACGGCUACCCAAGUCUACCGAGGUCAAGGCCGCGCUCUCCCGUACCCGCACCGAGUCGACAAGCACGUUCGGCGGGGUCAAAGCCAGGUCCGCGUCUGUCGCCGUUCCUACCGCCCCCGCGCUGCGUUUCCGCACGACGUCUACCACGUCUAGUGCAAGCACCGGGUCGGUGUACUCUUCCGGCUCUGUGUACUCCAGCUCGGGCUCGUCCACUCAGUCCGGGGGCAGCACGACGUCUACCGGUGUGCUACCCCGACCUCUGCGUCUUCCGCAAGCAACCACGCCCUCCCGUCUGUCCCGGCCGCCCUCCGAGUUCGGCCUCCAGCAGACGCUGGGGAAGGGCAAGCCCAGCGCGGCCCUCGCGCGUCCGCGCACCAUCUCGACGUCGCGCUCUACGGGCAGCAUGCCGCAGGGCACGGGACACAAGCCGACUCCGUCGUUGUCCAUUCAGAAACCACUGCCAUAUAGCCCUCGCUCGCCCGCUCGUACGCCUACAGAGUCCCCGCGUAGCCCAAGUCCUGGAUCACCUCUUCUGCGCUCGUCGUCGCCGCGUGCGCGCCCGCUGGUCGCAGGACCCAGGCCGUCGCCGCGCACGGGGACGGGCAUGAUGUAUCGGACAUCGUCGUACUCCAGCCUCCAGGCGACAGCGAUGCGCAUGCGCACCAUGUCGACCGUCACGUCCUCCAGUAGGGGCGUCAUCUUCUGA